AUUCGAUCCAACAUGGUCAUGAAAAUGAGAGAAUUCCUGUGCAAUAAACUAGGUUUUGUAGAUGUAGAAACUCCCACAUUGUUCAGAAGAACACCAGGGGGAGCAAGAGAAUUUGUUGUACCUACAAAAAUACCUGGGAAAUUUUACUGUCUUCCACAAAGUCCACAACAGUUUAAGCAACUCCUUAUGGUAGGGGGUAUAGAUCGUUACAUGCAGAUAGCAAAGUGUUAUCGUGAUGAAGGAGCAAAGACAGACAGGCAACCAGAAUUCACCCAGGUUGAUAUAGAGAUGUCCUUUGUCACCCAAGAGGACAUUAUGGAUGUCAUAGAAGGCCUUCUGGUAAAUUCAUGGCCAAAAGAGAGUGGAGUCCUAAAAACUCCUUUCCCCCGUAUGACAUAUGAAGAUGCCAUGCGACAGUACGGUAUUGACAAACCUGAUACAAGGUUUGAAAUGAAGAUCCAAGAAGUUACAGACAUAUUCCAGGGUCAAUCUGUGCCUGUAUUUGCCAAAGCUCUAGCCACUCCAGGAUGCAGCAUACAUGCGCUCAACAUCAAAACGGGCCAGAAACACUUAUCCAAUAAAGAUAUAGAAAAAUUACAAGCAUUUGCCAAAGAAUCAGAAGCAGAACUGAAUUUGAUCCCCAUUAAAAUGAAAGAAGAUCUCUCUCUCCAAGGAAGUAUGGCCAAGUUUCUCAGCACAGACACCAGGUCCAGGUUGAUCACUCAUCUUGGUAUGGAGCCUGGGGAUUUGGUCUUCUUGUCUGCUGGGGAGACUUAUGCAACGUGCGCGCUCCUUGGAAGAGUCAGACUAGAGAGCACAAACAGUUUUGACGAAGAAGAGAGAAGAAAGCUUCAAGAUCCGAGUGCCCUUAAUUUCUUGUGGGUAUAUGACUUUCCAUUGUUCCUGCCAAAAGAAGAUGGCACAGAGGGUCUGGAAUCUGCUCACCAUCCAUUCACAGCCCCUCAGCCAGGGCAGGAAGAACUGUUAUAUACUCACCCAGAGAAGGUCCAAGGUCAGCAUUAUGACCUGGUGCUAAAUGGGACUGAGAUUGGAGGAGGGUCCAUAAGAAUUCAUAAUUCCCAAAUGCAAAGAUAUGUACUAGAAGAAAUCUUGAAGGAGGAUUCCAGCCAGCUUAAUCACUUACUUCAGGCAUUAGACUCAGGAUGCCCACCACAUGGGGGUAUAGCACUAGGUUUGGACAGACUGGUUGCAAUUGCAUGUCAGGCCAACAGUAUUCGUGAUGUGAUCGCUUUUCCCAAGACUUCUGUAGGAAGAGACAUCAUGAGUGAUGCUCCAGCAAGAAUUUCUGCGGAAGAACAAAAUUAUUAUCAUAUUAAAGUGACUGAUGACGGCACAUGACAUAUGGUUAUGUCAGUAGGUAUAUGACAGUGGUAUAUAUUAUAAAGGUAAAUUUUAACAGAGGGAUGUUGUAUGAUCUUUAGAGCAGCUGCUUUAUGCUUCUGGAAAGCUUGAGUUAUGUAUGUCAUCUUUUAAAAACUUGUGCUGAUGUCAGCUAUUGAGAGUAAAAGAUAAUGACAGUUAC